CCUAAAAAAAUAAUGGAAACAAAAGACAGCUAGUUUGUCUUAGUUACGAUCAAAUCACUUAUUUGAGCGAAUGUCCUUUGGCUGCAUUUCGAAAUUCAUGGCAAGAAAAAACCCCGUAUUUUCCAAUUUUAAAGUUAAAUUCGUAGUUUAGCGAAUUGGCGAGAAGCUCUGGAACGUCUCCAUCUACAAGACGUUGAAAUGAAGUCGAGCAAGGAACCCAAACUACUUCCGGACGUGCUGGAAGCGAUCGCGAAUCUGAAAGAAAGGCACGGUUCGUCGCAGAAACAAAUAACUGAGCAUGUGGCCGGAGGUCUUAAAAGAGGCAAAAACCGCAAUGUCACGUUGCAAGUACGCAGAGCCAUCGAUCACGGCCUGGAAGUCGGUUUGAUAAAACACCGAAGCGGGAAAUUCGUUUUAGGACUCGACAAGAGAGAUUACGCUAUCUUCAGAAGAUUCAGACAAUUGGACUUCGUAGGUGGUUGUAAAUCCUGUAGAGGACGUCGCGGUAGACGUAGAGGUAAAAGUCGUAGACGUGGAGGUCGCAGACGUAGCCGCCGUAGACGUGGAAGACACGGACGUAAACAUAGCGAAUCUCCUGGAGAUGACGGUAGUGAAGAAGGAAGCGAAUCUGGAAUAAGCGACGCUGAUGAUACCUCAGAACCACAAGACAGGCAUCGUCGUCGUAGAGGAAGAAAAGGUCGCCGUCGCAGGAGAAGCAGGAGGCGUGGCAGGCGUGGUCGCCAUGGCAAAAAGCAUCAUUCAAAUACACCUGAAGAAGACAAAGACGAUGACUCUGGUGAAAACCAAACAGAAGUGUCCAUGGAAAAAGGCCAAGAGAAAGAGAAAAAUGACUAUCAGCAAAAGCCCAACAGUAAUAAAAAUAAACAGCAAAAUGAUGAUGACUCCAAUGGACAUGAACAUGAGGAAGCAUGCCCAGACCCCAAUGAGUGUAUCUGUUCCUUACAGUAUGAUGACACUCAAACGUCCAGAGCACCCAAUUUUUACAAUUAUAACGAUUCCUACUAUAAUUAAUCAAUUUUUUUUGUCCACUAACAGUUUAAAUUGUUGUGUUGUACACCAUUUUACAUCAACUAUGGCUCAAUAAAAAAAAAGUG